CGAAUCGAGAAGCCAUGGAUAACAGCAGCAGCAUCAACUCCACCGCCUCUACCGCGUCCAAUCUGAGCACUGCUUCCUUCGAAAAGAUCGAUCAGGCGGCGAGCUGGGUGGGCACAACCGUCAUAUCCGCCUUCUUCGCCUCCCUCGAGCGUUGCUCCUGCGUUAAUCUAUCAACCUCCGACGAUGAUGACGAAGACGACGACGAAUCCUACAGCCGUCCCCUUGCUCUCUCCCCCGCUCCUCACCCAGACGACAUUGUUUAGCUACUCCGCUAAUCCCUUUCACGGGUUCCGUUUCUCCUAGUCAGAUCUGGAUGCAUGCUUCUCAGAACUUUUGAUUGAUUGUAUAUGCCUUAUUCCUUGCUUGUUCUUCUUUCUUGAUCCCACAAGUCUAUUUUAUAUCAUUUUUCUUUUAU